AUGGAUCUAUUGCCCAUAGAGAACGAGAUACCCUUUCCAUGGACUGUCAACAUUUUCCGCGAACCAAACAGGCCCCGCGGGUUGCCGCCAGAGGAAGCAAGCCCGUACCACCGAACCUGGGCGCAUGGAUCAGCAGCCCCAUCCCCGACCAGACCUGCGGGUUUCCCCCUGCGGAAGCAAGCCCGUACCACCGAACCUGGGCGCAUGGAUCAGCAGCCCCAUCCCCGACCAGACCUGCGGGUUUCCCCCUGCGGAAGCAAGCCCGUACCACCAAACCUGAGCGCAUGGAUCAGCAGCCCCAUCCCCGACCAGACCUGCGGGUUUCCCCCUGGGGAAGCAAGCCCGUACCACCGAACCUGGGCGCAUGGAUCAGCAGCCCCAUCCCCGACCAGACCUGCGGGUUUCCCCCUGCGGAAGCAAGCCCAUACCAUCGAACCUCGGCGCAUGGAUCAGCAGCCCCAUCCCCGCCCAGAUCUGCGGGUUGCCCCUGCGGAAGCAAGCCCGUACCACCGAACCUGGGCGCAUGGAUCAGCAGCCCCAUCCCCGACCAGACCUGCGGGUUUCCCCCUGCGGAAGCAAGCCCGUACCACUGAACCUGGGCGCAUGGAUCAGCAGCCCCAUCCCCGACCAGACCUGCGGGUUUCCCCCUGCGGAAGCAAGCCCGUACAACCAAACCUGGGCGCAUGGAUCAGCAGCCCCAUCCCCGACCAGACCUGCGGAUUUCCCCCUGCGGAAGCAAGCCCGUACCAUCGAACCUCGGCGCAUGGAUCAGCAGCCCCAUCCCCGACCAGACCUGUGGGUUGCCCCCUGCGGAAGCAAGCACGUACCACCGAACCUGGGCGCAUGGAUCAGCAGCCCCAUCCUUGUCCAGACCUGCGGUUUGCCCCCUGCGGAAGCAAGCCCAUACCAUCGAACCUCGGCGCAUGGAUCAGCAGCCCCAUCCCCACCCAGAUCUGCGGGUUGCCCUCUGCGGAAGCAAGCCCGUACCACUGA